AUGUCAUUUAAUUUCUACCAAUUCCCAGAUGUCGAACAAGAAGUUAUCGACUAUGUCCUCGCGGAUGAGUCAAGUCGUGCAUAUGUAGUACCACUACUCAUUGAAAUAGAGCACGAAUGCAACCCUGCUAUAUUAACGCCAUCUUUGGUGUGCAAAGUGAAGCCCGUGAAGAGCACUUAUGAGGAUCUCCUACGAGAAUACGACGUCCGAGAAGAACACGUGAUUCUGGCUGGGAACACGUUCGUAGAGUUGGAGCAUGCCCAUAUCACUGACACUUCUACUGCAGUGUUGACCUUGCCAUCUGGGGAGUCCGUAGAUCUCCUUACGUCACCUGGCUGUGAGAUUAGGCUCCGGCCACCUGCAUACGGGUACUAUAGUGUAACGGUUAAGCACGGCGAUACUGACGAUGUGGUUGUCUAUGGCUUUGUGGCGACUACGCACGUUUCACGGUUUGGUAGUGCCUUGGACCAGUACCAAGAUGCCUCUACGUUCGCGUGGAGGAGUCGUAGGUCGGCUAACGGCAGUUUUGACCCUGACUGUUACGGCGACUGGAAUGAAGAGCUCGCUGCCGCAGUAGUGGGCGUAUUGGAGAUUAUUGAUGAUGAACAGUGGCAGUCAGAGCAGUCCGUGAUCGUUCGAAUGACCAGUGCCCAGAUUGUACCAAUGUGCAGAGACCUCCUUGAUCGGGUGUUAGAGUACCAGGAUGGGACCGCGAUGGGACAACUAGUUGGUUCACUUCGAGAUAUGCUCGCCUCAGCUCAGCUCACUGGAUGGUCAGCAGGCUGGGGUAAACUCUAUGAUGCCGUGGUGGCAUUCGAGCGAGCCCGGUUCAUGUCACUCACGCGCGUCGCGAAGGAGAGGCUCUUGAAGUUGUUACAGCAGUUGUUGGAUGCCGCUGAUCUCUAUUAUAACGAUAGUAGCAUAACUGAUGGUUACUCUCAAAAAUGGCGGAGCGGAGCUCGAGACCAACUUGCUAUGGAGCUCAACAGUGGCAUCAUCGACAACCCCCUAGUCGUAUCAGGGAUGGCCUUCAGCGGUGGGACUCUGGGCGAUUGGAUGAGCUCGUUGAUGAUGGUGAGUCAGUGUGGUGACACCGACAAGAGUCCCCAUCGUAUAUGGCCACCGUCCUUCAUGAUCAACCCGUUGGACCCUAGCUUUGAUACAGUACUGCUCAACGGCUCCGAAGCUGCGACUGGCGGGGGAUUUGCUAUUUCUAAGAACUCUAUGAUGCCCUUUCUAUCGGGGAUGGAGUCGAUCGAGACCUUGAGUGAGGUGCUCGGUGCCCUACUAUACGCUGGUAUUGGAUAUGCGGGACAGACUCAGAUGUACUCAGGAGACCAACAGACGAGCUCUGAUGAAAGUAAGGAGACCUGGGCGGGAAUGGUCGGAGCUCUGAGCAUCAGGUCAGAUGAGGAACCUCCCAGUGCUGGGCCGAGAUGUUCUUUGUGGAGUGUGUGA